AUGAGCGGUUGGGCGAGUGGCCAGGCACUCAGCGGAUCGUUCGAUAUACUGACCUACAACGUCGCUGGACUGCCCGAACCCAUCUCCGGCAGCGACCCUGCAGUCAACACCCCCCUCAUCUCGCAACGUCUGAGUAACUACUCCAUCGUCCACGUCCAGGAAGACUUCGGCUACCACUCCGAGCUGCUAUCAUCCGAUACACACUUCUACCGGACAUCCCACAGCGGUAAUGUCCCGCUCGGCAACGGUCUCAACGCCCUAUCCUCGUACCCAUGGUCCGACCACCAACGGCGCACGUGGGCCGCCUGCUGGCCCAACAGCGGCGACUGCCUGGCAGCCAAAGGCUUCACGGCGAUGCGAAUCCAACUCGACGACGGCGUCGUAGUGGACUUCUACAACCUGCAUGCGGAGGCAGGCGACGACAAGCUCGAUUUCCAGGCGCGGACCGUGGGGUUCCAACAGAUGAGUAACUUCAUCGGCACGUAUUCGCUCGGCAACGCGGUUGUUGUCGCGGGGGAUACGAAUACGCGGUACACAUCGUCUCAGGACCCGGCGAGAUUGCUGAAGGAGAAGAACGGGCUAGCGGAUGUGUGGGUCGAGCUGUUCCGCGGCGGGAAUCCGCCCGGCCAUGGCGGCAGCAUCGAGUGUCGCUUCCCGGUGCCCGCCGGGCAGGAGAGGAUGGAUUGCGAGCAGAUCGAUAAGGUCCACUACCGCGGGAACCGCCUCCUGAGGCUGGCAGCAACGGACUUCAUCAACCAGAAUACGGCGUUCCUGACGGCGAGCGGUGGCCCGCUCAGCGAUCACUUUCCGAAUCAGGCGGUGUUUGAUUACGAGCUUUCGCCGUCGAUGAGGGCGGGGCCAAGGAUCGUUGGCGGGACGCAUAGUACGUGGUUCAACGAUGCGACGGGUGGGAGUGUGGGCUCGUGGGGGGAUGCUACGGCGAGGGCGGUGGUGAGCUCGAUUACUCUCCGCGGCGGGAGCCGGGUGGAUAAGGUGGCGUACACGAUGUCGGACGGAAGGAAGAUCCCGCACGGAGGGAGCGGCGGCGGGGAUCGGACGUUGAAGCUGGACGCUGGGGAGAAUAUCAACCGUGUCGAGGUCUGCAUCGGUGUCAGGAGUGGUGGGUCGCGAGGUGUGUUCUCGGUCACCGUGGAUACCGAUCGAGGGCGAAGUGUCAGGACCGGCAGUGGGACGGGCGAGUGCGAGGUGUGGACUCCGCCUUCGGGAGGAACCUGGACACUGGUGGGCUUUCAGGGAUGGACAGGGAGCGAGGUGGAUGCCCUUGGGGUUGUUUGGGGUAAGCGGUGA